AUGGCCUCCAAACUGAGCGUGCUGCUGCUGUUGCUGGUCGCUGCCUCGGUUACGGUGCUGGCCCAGAGGCGGCGUCCGACAUCGACGACCACUGAGGAGUGGAACUACAGGGAUGGCUCUGAGAGGGUGAACAUGCGCAGUGUGGCUAACCUUACUCAGGUUCUGGACAACUGGAGGUUCGACAUCCUGAACCAGAUGAGAGGACUCCUGCAGAACGACCACCAGUCUCUGCUGCCCGACUACGCCAGGAUCCAGCCACUGUCUGAGGCUUUAGACGACCUCUACAAAGAGUUCAAUGCCCUCAAAAUUCACCUGGGCGACCUGACCGAGAAGUUUGCCGCCAUAGAAACAUUCAUCGACGAGGUCAAGGCCAGCCGCGCCAACGCCAACGCUGGCCCGGCCCCCGGCCCAGCCGCUAUCCCCAGACAGGGCACGAGGAGGGUGGUGAAGAAGAAGGUCACCACCUCCUCCUAA